AUGUAUUUUAUGUCAAGGAUUUUAACAAUAACAACACGACUGGUUAAUAUUUCAGGUGAUUACUUAAAAAACCAAUGUAGAUCAUCACACUGCGUACCUUGCCAUAUUCGGUUUGCAACAUGUCGUGGAUUACCAGAUGGACUUCAUCAGUGGAGAGGUAGGGAGUUGACAUCAUAUUUCAUCGUAUGCCAGAGUCAAAGAGUAACUUUUCAUGGGCGCUGCCAGUCAACGACUCCUGGUCAAUAUAUGGUAUUCAGUCCGAAGUUAAAAACGUGUGUUGAUAGACAAACAGCAUGGACGGCUAGGAAAUCAAAACAAAGUGUGCAAUCUAAAAGUGGCGUAAAUAUAACACAGAAGAUAAAUAUCACAGAAGCUUCAUCAUUGGACAAUUUUGAUAAUGUCACCUUGUUGAAUGUUUCUUCCUCCUUACAACUACCUCAGGCGGUAGAACAACGUUCUUCACUACAUCUGACAUAUGAAGAACAGCAACAUCAAAUUGGACAAAAUUUAAUGCACAUGCAAAAACACCAAAUGGACACAGGAAACAUACAAACUCAUCACGAAAAGCUUUCAACCUCAGUUUUAUUGUCACAACAAGAUAAAUCCCUGCAUGAUAGUAUCAACAAACUACAAAAACAUUCCUUAACAUACCCACCAGCAACAAAACUUCAACAGAAUGUAACUGAUCUGGUGUUAAGAUUUACAGAUCAAUUAGAUCCUAUUCCACAGACUCAACACCAUCAAAAUGCAAGAAUCCCACCUUCGGUUUUGUAUAGCCCAAAAGAGCAACAAGAACCUACACCAGUUGAAGGAAAUGUGUAUUCUAGACUGCCUGGAAUAAAAAUUUAUAACUUAGAAAAGACAUCAAUUCCGAACAUCCCAUUUUCGUCAAUGAUACAAAUAAAGCUUAAACGUGAAACUAUGAAUAGAAAUGAUAUACUAGUUAAUUUUACUAAAGGAUAUAAUUCAACGCAAGUUGGUAAUGUCUUACCUCCUAAAAGUAUAUUGAAAAAUCAAAAUAGUAGCGUUAACUCGUAUAUGAAUCUCACAAAAAAUACACCGGCUCAUGAUAACAGCUUAGUGCUUGUACAAUAUACAUCUAAUGUAAACAAGAAUACUGGCACAUCAGCAAAUGGGGUUCUCAACAAAACAGAUCAUACUAAAAAAAAUCCGAUUAAUACAUCAAAUGAGAAUGGUUAUCUAACCAAUGACCAGAGAAAUAUAACGGCAAAAUCGAAGACUCUGCAUUCAUCGCCAUUAUUAAAUACGCUCAUAAAGCAAAUUGAAUCUAGGGUUUCAAAACAGAAUGAAGUUACAGCCAGUUAUGAUACACAGAAGGAAGAAACAUCUGCGGCAUCUGCAAAGAAAGAAGUUGAAACGAGCUCUCUAAAUCAUGUGCAUCCUGCUGUAUUAUCUAGACUUAUGUUAGUAAAUCAUAAUAUUGACAAUAAUAAAUCAGAAGAAAUAAAUUCAGAAAAUUUCACAUUUAAGGAUACAAUCAAAGGUGUAAAUCCUCCCCUAAAGCAACCAAAAAACAUUAACAAAGCCGCAGAGAUCAAUUUUACGUCUGCAUCAAAACAAUUAUUAAUGUUGUUAUCUGGCGAGACAAAAACCCAUAACCAGAUAAUUCCAAAGUUAAAGGUCUUAACUAUCACAAAAAGAUUAGACUUGAAUAACAAUACGAUGGGCAAACCAAUUCACGUGUCUUCAAAUAGUCAACCUUCGAAUACUCAAAGAAACAGGUUAUCAUUAAAUCAAGCUGCAUUUGAGCAAGGUACUAUAGAAUCAAAUACUAAACAUGCAACUAACCAGAAUAGCAUCUCAUCAGUUAGACAAGAUAUCAUUCAACAUAGUAAUAUAACAUCAAACCGUCACCCUGUAGUCGGGAAGAAAAAUAUAUCUACAUAUAGCAAAGACGCAGUCAAUGUGAGUAACAUUUCAGUGGUUUAUAAAGCUAUUAAUCUCCACAAUAAGACGUCUAUAAGUAUAAAUGAUCAAAUCAAAAAUGGAAAUUUCUCAACAAAUAGACAAAAUACAAAUGAACAGGACAUGUUGUCCAAAAAUCAAUCAAUUGUCAAACCAAGUGAUCUACCGUCAAAUGGUCCCAACAUGCAGCCAGAUAAAAAUGGUUGGGCACUAAAGGGGAACUCGAUCUUCGCGGAUGAAAUCCGAAGACCAGGACGUGUUUUCCAAACAUCCCCAGAUGUCCCAAGCCAGAAGUACUUGUCAAAAAAACAUGUUUCAGACUUUGAAAAUAUGGUGUCACGAUUACAAAACAUUGCGAUUGAUAACGCUCCAUAUAUCGGAGAAGCUCAUAAUGGAAGACAAAAUGAAAUGCUAAGGCAGAAUCAACUUUUAAUGAGAGGUACAAAUCAAAAUCAGCAUAAUUAUAUAAGUGAAAAAUCAACAAGGCCAGAAUUAUCUAUGGACAUGACAAAAUAUUUAUACGGACAAAACAACAUGAGAUUACCUAUUCAGCUCAAUCCUGGUAAACAUUUAAAGGAUACACAAAAGGCAAUGAGUGAGAUAUAUUUUCAAAAAGCGUUAUCUAGACAUGAAGUCCCAAAUGCAAUUAAACAGAUCAACAGUAGAAAAAGUCAUAGAUAUUCUGACUUGAUUCAAAGACUCAGUUUUCUUUCAACCAGUGGUCGUGAUAGGAUGACUGAUGUUUCUAGUUCGCCAUCAAACCCAAACAUUUUGAAAUCAAAAUCAUCAAGAAGAAAGCUUCAAAUACAAAGACAACCAUGGCUUAUAGGAACAAACUUUUAGGUCGUGUAAAGUAAUAUCUUAAUUUGAAACAGUUUUAACGCUUUUUGAAAUCCAUUGUCAGCAUUUUUUUCACCUUCUACCUGUACUUGAGAAUUUUGU